ACCAUUGUCAGGUUUUCUUCAAUAUACUUAUUUACGAGUAGGUACGUAAAAUAUGGGUCCUAAUUGUUUUUCUCUUUAGGAAAAAGAACAGAUAGUUUUCUUUACGAACUUAAAUCUUUAGGGUAUCUAAAAAAGGGGACAUAUCUAGUGGAAACUUUAACGAAUAAAGGGAGUUCCGAUCAAAUACAACAAUAUUAUUGAAAUACAUUUUUAAGAUCUAUGGUGUUUUGGUCCUUGAAUCUGCGCCCCAGUAUGCCCUGCAUACCUACUGUUAAGAGAAAAGGGGACUAUUGAGGUGGCCGCUUCUCCAUACAAAACGUAGUCCCCAUUUUCCUCUCUGGAGUUGGAUUAACAUGAUUGAAAAUAUCAAUUACAUAUUUUGGAAGUUUAUACCUACCGCAAGCUUUUAUAAAAAAAAAAUGCAUGGUAUUUGCUUUUCGCUCCUAACUCUAACAAUAUAAUCAAAAAGUCGAAAAAGUUAAACGAAGAGGCAUAGGUAGCUGUGAUUAAGACGAAAGUGGAGGACCCGCGUUAAAUCGCUUUUUCAUACAAACGUAGUCCUCAUUUUCCUCUAUGGAUAAUAACAUUAUUGAAAAUAUUUUGACACAAUUUGUUGUAUAUCAAAUUUUUUAUUAUUAUAAGAAUUAGGAGCAUUUAAACAUUUGUAUGAAAUCUGUUUUCGCUCCUAAUUUUUAUAAUAAGUAAUCAAAAAAAUUAAAAAGUCAAACGUGAGGCACAAGAAUUAUUAAUAUACAUCAAAUUAUGUAAAAAUAUCUUGCAGAAUUUCAAUAUCCAAAGAGGAAAAUGGGGGCUACGUUUGUUUGGACAAACGGCCGUCCUCGUUCCUCUAAAUAGUUAUUGUACCUAUUUGUCCUUACGUACAAGCCGUAUUGACCUUACUGUGGGAGUAGGUCGGCUUGUGUAAGAUUGUCUCAUAAUUUUUAUUUAUUACACAAUAAAUUGUGUAAAAUGAUUUUCCAUAAUGUCAAUAUGUAGGGAGGAAAAUGGGGACUACAUUUGUAUGGCGAGCAGCCGUCCACUAUCUUAAAUUAAAUAUUUAUAUUGGUCAAAUUACGGUAUUAGAAGCCGCCUUUGUUUUUACAAUAUACAAAUACCUACGUUUAUUUCAUUACUUUUUAUAGCAGUCAUAGGUACAAAUAUGUAUGAGGUAGGUAAGUAGUCCAUCUUAGGUACAAAGUGUAGGUAUGUAAGUAUUUAUCUCAUCAAUGUGCAACAAUUUGAUCGUGUAAGUAAUGAAAAAGGUGCGGGUACAGCUUGCUGGAUUUAAACCCGCCCUUGGUCAGCUAAUUGAAGAGGUAUCGGUAUCAUUUAGCGAAUUGUACAAUUGACAUAAAAAAAUGAGAACAUUUAGUAGGUAACAAGAGUUUUUACGGGGCAAUUAACACUGGAACAGAAUAAUAAAUAACAUGUAUUGUGUAUCAUGGAGUUAAAAGUCAAAGUCAAUAUAUUCUUUAUUCAAAUAGGCCUAGCAACAAGCAAGUUUAAAUCGAUAAAUUUUACAAAUAUCAUCAUCAGUAAUUACCUAAAAGUUAACUUUAUGAACGCAUCCCUCACCGGGCUGGUAACGUGUAUAUCCUGGAAUUCCUUUUGAUGAUUCAUAUGCAAUAUUAUAGGUACGUAGGUCACAUCCACUUUAUAUUUAUAAUAGUGAACUUUAAAACAAAUAUAUAAUGAAUAUUUUACCAAUCCACAUAUUUUGACUAAGGUGUAGAAUUUGUGAAGUUAGGGCUUGUAGAGUUAGAAUCUUUUGGCUCCACAUGAUAUCUGAUAACUUUUUUACAGUGCGAGCCUUUUGGUUUCGUCUUGGCAACAUUUUACAUGAUUUUUUUGGUGAGAUAGUUUUUUGAAACCUAUUAUGUAUGUUCUUAUAUUAGUGUUUAUGAAUGUAUUCGCUAUGUGCACGAUUCUCACGCAGCCUAGCAUCCGCAAAUCUAAGGGAAAACGCCAAUUCACUACAUCUUAUAAAACUACUUCAAAACUAAAAACUGAACUGAUUUUCAUACGACUUUCAUCUAUCAAUAGAGUGAUUCUUGAAGAAGGUUUAGGUAUAAGUAUGACUUGUUAAGGUUUUGUGUAAAUAUAGUUGAAAUAUAACGACGUAUAUUGAUGAUUUACAGAAGACGACGCUUUAUGAUAUACAGAAGCUGUUUUGGCCGCUAUAAUACAUGUUAAGGCUAGUGUUAUAGCUCAAAGUGAAUUGUACAACCUUAACAUCUAUUUGAGUUAUCAGCAGGUGCAAUUUGCACUAAGGUUCUAAUUAUAGCUCUUUGUAUCACUUACAGUUGAAUAGAGAAGUUAUUAUAUGCUAUAAUAGAUCAUGUAGUCGUAAAAGAGCGUUAGGUAUCCAGUACCUUAUUAUGUACAUCUUAUACUGUUAUUAGAUUACUAACUUACAAGCUAAGCCUAUAGCGCCAUGUUAAGAUGACUGAUGAAUCAAUAAGCAAAUCGAAAACUAUAAAUUGGAACGUAAAUACUGAAAAAAAAAUGCAUAGUACUCAAUAUUGACCUUAUGUUAGUAUGCAUUACUAUACUUAACACCGGACUUCACGAAUAUUGUUUAAUUUUUCGAAAAUUAAAUAUGGUGGAUCACAAUUGAAAAUCCGUUAUAUUUUGAUAAAUAUACCAAGGAUCAUGGACUUUUUAAUUUUUUGUUAAUAAUACAUAUAGUUAUUGACAGUGUAAUUACUUUAGCCGUCAUAAAUCUGCAGAUAACGCUGGUACCAAAGCACUAAAAUAUUUCCUUUUACUUAUUUCAUUACGCCAUUAGAUUUCACUUCAAGCUGUCACAAGGAAAGCUUACGAACAAUAAUACAAUAAAAAAACCGGACAAGUGCGAGUUGGACUCGCGUUGUAAGGGUUCCGUACAUCACAGGAUUUUUCUCUCUCACCAUCUCUGCAAACUGUAACGCCACGUAUGUACCUAUAUCAGGCAUCGCCCGACUAUAUCAAGUACCUACUACGAGACGAGAGCAUCGAAUCAUGAGCAGAGCGCCCUGUAAGUUGACCCGUUAAUAUGAGGGUGCCUUUGGUGCCCAGGACUUUACGUCGGCCUUCGCCCGACUCUUUGAGUAGGUAUGAGGACGCCGUAAGCGCAAGCCAAAGACUAAACAAACAAACAUGGAAUGUGACAAUUUCAUGGAAAGGAUAACGAAUAUGGGCUGCGAUAAGAUGCAACCCAAGUUUGUGUUCCGUAAGAAUUUUGAAGUUAAAGUUCCAACAAGGGCUGAAUGGACCGAAGGUCUUCAAGCACCAAAUUCGGAUGAAAACGACAUCAUAUGGUACACAGACGGGUCCACGAUAGUAUCUGGUACGGGGGCAGGCAUUUAUGCAAAUGACUUCAGUUGUAGCAUAAGCAUGGGUAAUUACGUCACUAUCUUCCAAGCCGAGACGUACGCUAUAAUUGCCUGUGUGCAUGAGAAUAUAGUUAGGCAAACCCAAGGGAAGAAUAUCUAUAUGCUCAGAGACAGUCAGGCUGCACUCAAGGCGCUCAUGGCGCUCAGAGUGGACUCUAGACUGGUAUACAAUGGUGUCCAAGCUCUGAACAAGCUUGGAAGACAAAAUAGAGGGCAACUGGUAUGGAUUCCAGGGCACGAGGGAUUCAUAGGCAAUGAAAAUGCAGAUGAACUUGCCAGAGCCGGAUCCGUAAGUGACCACAUAGGUCCGGAACCAUUCGUGGGGCUCUCACAGGGAAUCAUUAUAACGGCUAUCAAAGACCACACUAAGACCAGACACCAAAAAGAAUGGGACAGUCUGACGGGUCUAAAGCACUCAAAGCUCUUCAUACAAGGAGUAGACUCCGGUUGGAGCAAAAAGCUAUGGAAACUUAGCAGGAGACAACUCCAAAUUAUAAUAGGGGUGUUUACGGGCCAUUAUGGGGUCAAAGGGGUUUUGGCCAGGAUGGGACACUCCGACAACACCGAUUGUCGAAUGUGUGGUGAAGAGGAAGAGACAGUAACACACCUAAUGUGUGAAUGUCACGCCCUCGCCAGACAAAGAAUGAAGGACUUUGGAGCAGGCUAUCUGGAACCAAAGGAAUUCAAAAGGCUACCCAUAAGAUCCAUUAUCCGGCACAUGGAAAUGGUCAAAAAAGCUCUUGAGUAGCUAAUGGAGCUUUCCUUAGGGGGCAACUACACAAAAGAUCCCUAUGGGUCGAAGUGUAUCCGCAAGGGCCCCCGAAAAUUAGAAGAUAAGAUAAGAUAAGCGCCAGACACUGGUCAGCGCGCAGCGCGUCUCAUACGUCAGGCUUAUCAGUCGAAGCGUCAAGGGCGCUUCAAGCACUGUAGGUGAGGGCGGCCCAGGACAGGAGCGCUCACAGCGGGCUUAGUUCAACUUUGUAGCAUGUGGGCGCCGCGCCCGAGAAGUAUUUGUAUAUACGCCUGCGGCCCGUGGUUGGAAGACAAUAUCAUAAUUAAAACAUGCUACGUAUACCUAUAUAACUGUAAACAAAAACCAUAAUACUUAUUUUGCUUUACCAAAAUCGAAUUACGCGCGUAGGUAUAGUAUAGGAUCCCGACUACGAUUGCGGAUUCGAAAUCUACUUUCCCUGCGAAAUCCUUGUUUUAGUGGAUCAAUCAGGUGUAUGCAAGCAAUCCCAAAACAAGAGCUAACAAUACCAUGGUAUGUUCUUUGAAAUGUGCUACACGGUAUCAUUCUUUAAUUAUUAGAGUCCAUCUGAAAAAUUUUUGCACCGCCUUUAAUAGCACAAAAAGUGGAAGGGUUAUUAUACAAUUUAUUUACCUACAAUAAAGACGUUUCGAGUGACACCUCAUUGCAAUUUUAGAGAUAAAGAGACAGAGAGAGAGAGAGAGAGAGAGAGAGAGAGAGAGAGAGAGAGAGGAUUAGAGCCGGCGUAACUUUAUUCGACGUUCAUUAGUUUUGUAAUGUGCCUGCUUGAAAAUAAGUUUUAUCAAAAAUAUUUUUUUAAACAAGCUCGCUUUAUCGCUGACUGUACUUUUCUUUCCACAGGCGACUAUAAAUACACAUCGAGAGAGGUUGCGUUGUUUUAUAACGAGGUCUAAUGACCACCUCCUGUCAUCAUCAUAUCGGCUCGAUUAUCUUAGAAGUUUGAGGAAACAGAUAAACACAUACUGCUUUUGCUUUGCUGUAGUCGGCUAAAAUAUAAAAAACAAGAUACUUACUUCGUUAAGCCAUCACCGCGAACUCACAAUGGCCAUAACUCUUAAGUGCCAUAGACGUUAAAGGCGCUUAAGUCCUUUGAGCCGAUCAUCGAUAUAUUUAAUAAAUUCCAACAAAAUGAUACAACAGAGAAAUUCUAUGUAACUAUCAAACUUGGUCACAAAAUUUCACCAGAGUCGACGCCUUCGCAGCGGCAAUUAGGGUAACUCAUAACUUAAGUUUUUUUUCUUAAGUCCGACUUACCCUUAACUGACAGAUUUCUAAUAGAUUUUCCUGUGAUCUAUAGAUUAAGAACUAUAUUGUGUAUUUUUUCAAAAUUUUAGAUCCAGUUGUUUCGGAAAUAAAGGCCAUAAUAAGCCCUUCCAUUUGAAAUAUAACACGAUAUACUUUGCAAAACUUUUAUUUUUAAUUUUCUUGUUUACUCCCCAAAACUGGCCCCUAUGUUUGAGAUUCAUUUAUUUAACAUACAUGUCCGUCUUUGGAUCACAGAUUUACAUAUAUGUACCAAAAUUUCAACUAAAUUGGUCCAGUAGUUUCGGAGCAAAUAGGCUGUGACAGACGGACAGACGGACAGACAGACGCACGAGUGAUCCUAUAAGGGUUCGGCCGUUUUAUCUUUUUGAGGUACCGAACCCUAAAAAUGGAAACAUCUUCAACCAAAGUAGAUAGUGACAAAGGAAAAUAAUGUGCAAUUAACUUGUAAGUAUUGACUAUAAAUGCUUAUAUAGGUACCAUCUAAAUCUGAAAAUAUCAUCUACAUUAUAUAUCUACUAUGACUACUACUCAAGUAAUGAAUAGUCACUUAUUUAGCACUCUUUAACUCAUAAGUACUUAAUUAACGCUAUUAUUUCAACCUCUAACCCUAUUAUAGCGCCGUUUUCCAACCUAAGGUUAUAAAAAUGUGUGAGGGGUAUUACGGGGUUGUAGCUGACUAAUAAUAAUGUAUAACUCCUAAUUUUAGAACGUCAAUAGAACCUCAGGAGUAAUCAAACGCUUAUACUGAUCUCUUUUAUCCCUUAUAUUUAGCGCCUAAUAUUAGUUGGGAAUAUUAGUUGGGUGUCGAGUGUCGACCCGUAAAAUUGCGGCGCGCCACCGAAUAGAGGCAGGCGGUGGCGUGACGCCGGCGAUGUGGCCAAAUUUUGCUGACCUUGGAGAUAUUUCCUUAAAAUCUUAUCGUAUUUUUUGCUUUAAAACCCGUAGAGAAGCUCGGAUCAAAAACCAGAUGAAACGAAAAGUGUUAAGGCGCGUAGGCUUAUAUCUCUGUAACUAUAAUACCCAUACGUAUAGUUUUGAUAUCAAUGUAUAAAGAAAAGUAGCAAUUUCUCGGAAAUGUAUGAACUGCUGACAUAGAUGGCACUGAGUUUGCGCUGGAAACGACGCAUUUGGAGCUAAAAUCACCCCUAUUUGCGGUGUUUAUUUAGUAAUUACUUAUCAGUCUAUAACCGUGCAAGUGCGCCUAAAGAAAGAAUUUUUACCAUACGAGUACUGUGUGCCACAGGAGGAAAUAGAAAUUGUAGGUUUAAAUAGAACGUGAGUGGAACCGAAACAUUUUAAAGGAAAUACUUUUGAAUGGUUUAUUUAAACGCAAAAUCAUUCCUUAUUUUUUAUAUGCUCUCGCCACAAUAUUAUCUAUAUGUUCAAUAAAGGAGAGUUUAGCGUCCAGAGUAAUCCCUAAAUCUCGGAUUGACGACACACGUGAGACACUGCUACUAGCUAAUUUAUAAUCAAAAGUAGCUAUAGGAUUGUGCUGGCAGUUGAUAUUAGACUCUUUUAUCUUCGACGAAAGCAGGUUACAGCUAUCUAUUGGUCUGUAGUUGGACGGAUUUGAGCGGUUUAGGGUUCGGGUCCUGACUUCCA